CUGGCUUUCCUCUGAGGUGGCUGCAAGCCCUAACGAGGUGGUAAUGUUAAGAGUUUCUUUUGAAGAGCUACUGUGUCACAGCGCGUGUUUUUUUGUGUGUGUGUAUGUGAGGUUUUAACUUUCUAUAUGUGGUUCACAGCUUGCUUUGGCUGCUUUGUUGCUAUGUAUGGAAAGUGGUCUCUUCAGUACCCCGUCUAACAGUUCUGUUGCAGUUGAGUUGAGAGCCGCCAGUCAUCAUGGGAAACAUCUUUGGCAACCUUUUGAAGAGCCUGAUAGGAAAGAAGGAGAUGAGGAUUCUCAUGGUGGGGCUGGAUGCUGCUGGGAAAACCACCAUCCUCUACAAGCUAAAGCUGGGGGAGAUCGUCACCACCAUCCCCACAAUCGGUGUGUGAGGCAGGAAUUCAUUGCUGAUAGUGUUAGGCACAACAACCUGUCGCUGAGUUUGUCCAGCUUGUGUAUCUCGUCUUCUUUUGCUUUUUAUCCAGGUUUCAAUGUAGAGACAGUGGAGUACAAGAACAUCAGCUUCACCGUGUGGGACGUGGGUGGCCAGGACAAGAUCCGUCCCCUGUGGAGGCACUACUUCCAGAACACCCAGGGUUUGAUCUUUGUGGUGGACAGCAAUGACCGUGAGCGUGUGAACGAAGCUCGGGAGGAGCUGAUGAGGAUGCUGGCUGAGGACGAGCUCCGGGAUGCUGUCCUUCUCGUCUUUGCCAAUAAACAGGACCUGCCCAAUGCUAUGAACGCUGCAGAGAUCACAGACAAGCUCGGUCUGCACUCCCUACGCCACCGCAACUGGUACAUCCAGGCCACCUGCGCCACCAGUGGAGACGGUCUGUACGAGGGCCUGGACUGGCUGGCCAAUCAGCUGAAGAACAAAAAGUGAGAGGCCCAGUAGAAUGGGGAAGAGCCUGGGUGCCAGCUCCAGGUAGUGAUUAUAGUGGAUCCAUUGUGUUUACAUGGAGAGGCAGUGCUGAAAAGCUCCCAGGGGGUGACUCUCAAUGGCUUUCUCCCCCCAUAAUACUUUCAUUUCAUCUCUUUGUUUUGAUUGAUUUUAUUUGUUUGGAUCUGCGGUGAGCGUAUUUAAAUAUUUACAAACCAAUGGUGUCAGAAGUUGACCUAAAUUACGUACAUUCUUACAAGCUGGAUACAUAAAUAUUGGGAUGUAAUAGUAUAAUAUAUUAUUAUUACUGUAAAGGCAUAUGUAUUUCCCCCUACUUUGCAGUCUCCAUGACCUUCGACCUCCAUCACCUUUUCAUUUCUUCAGAAAAAGUGAUGAUGGCAGAACAACCGUCCUUCAGAUACUUUAAACUUCAUGUAAAUUAUAAAGAAUGUCAUAAUAGUAUAGUGAAAGUACCACUACUAUCUCAGAAUACUAUCACAUUGUUUAAAAACAGUAUACUCAUACAGGCUCAGAUAAAUGUAAAGUUUUCAUUUUCUAUCCAUACCAGUGUUUUUACCACCAAAUUUUGCGCUUCAGAGUUCAAUUUCUAUUUAUUUCAAAUUCUAAGUUAUUUUAGAUUUUAUUUAAAUGUAUUUAUUUCAUUUGUUUGGAUUUUAUUUAUUUUAUCAAACACAUAGCCUGAUGGCAUACUGGAUAGUCUCAAACAGUUCAUGCUUUUGUCAACAUUUGUUUAUUUAUUCCUAAAUUUGUGUAUUGCCUUUGCAUCACAUGGUUCCUCUCCCUUUAUUGCAAUGUGCAUUCACUGCUAAGGCAGCUGUUGAAAAAAGAUGCCCCGGUGUCACUGUAUAUUACCGCUUCCCAAUCUGCAUGGAGAUAUCCCAGUACUGGCUCGUUGGCUUGCAAGAGCUGUGAACUACUGCAGGCCGCUGAUGUAAAUAAAGAUUUGUUCGUAGUCAAGUGGUCUGGCUCAGUGAGAGUUAAAACAGUUUGUCGGGCACCAGCAAGGUGUGAUAGCUGAACUGAUACAGAUGACAGAACAGGCACACUGUACCAGCUCUGUGGCUUCGAAAAAAAAUGCUGCUAUUGGCCUGCCCUGUGGAGAGUGAUGCAGCAGAGCAUGUGAUUGGCAAUAUCAGAGAGCUUACAUGGUUUCGAAUGUUUAUUUUUUAAGUCAGUUUGUGCGAGCAGCUGCACUAAAGCUGUCAAAAGAACUCACUUUGCUUGUCAUCCUAGUUUAUCCAUCCCUAAUUGGCGUGACAUUAUAUGUGUUUCUUGUGUUGACCGUAUCUCUGUGUACCAUGUUGCACAAAAUAACUCUAGAUGCAUUAUUGUUGU